AAUGGAUUAAUUUACAACAAAAGUAGCAACAAGAGAUGAUAUUCUUUAAUAUUUAAAAAAUUGUGCAUAAAAUAGAAAAUCUAGAGUUGUUGCCAUGUAUAAUUCUGAUUUGGAUAUGCUUAUUGAAGGUUUAUAAUAUUUUGUAUUUUUCUAAAAGGCAAUAAUUAAGAUCUUAUGGUCUUUCCAAUAGAUGAUAGACUUGCUAAUAGAGCUCAUGGAGCAAUGGAAACUGGUAAUGUGAAAAAUUAUAGAAUCAGUUCACUUGAUUUUCAUAUGAAUAGACUCUUUCGAUCAGCUGAAAUUAUUGGAUUAAAGAUUAAUCUAACAAAAGAAUAAAUCAAAGGUAAUAUUUAAAUUAAAUUAUAGAUAAAAUACAUGAAAUGUCCUUUUUAGCUUAUAAAGUUUUGGAAAGAGAAAAUCAUCCAAAUUUAUAAGAUUAAAUAUUAGUUCUUAAAAUUUGGGUGUCAACUGGAAUUGGAGAUUUUGAUAUUUAUGGAUGUGUAAAAAGAAUAAUUAUUUUUAGAAUAAGAAAUCUAUUGUUUAUGCUGCUCUAUAUAUAAAUGGAAAUGUUGGAGAUGAUUCAGAUAAAGGAGUUAAAGAAUACAUUCAUUUAGAUAUGUGGACAUAACCUAAUUACUUUUCUAAUGCCAAGACUGUAAAUUAUUUAGAACUUGCAACAAUGGCAGACUAUUCUAAAGUAAGAGGAGGAUAUUUUGGAAUAAAAGUUGAUCCUUAAGGAAACUUAUUAGAAGGAGCCAUUUCAAAUGUUGCUUUCAUAACUAAAGAUAAUACAUUUGGUUAUCCACCUUUAAGUAAAACAAUAAGAGGAAAUACUUUAAAUAAAGCAUUGAAAAUAGUAGAUAGUGAUUUAUUGACUAAGAAUUCUAUUAAAGAAGUAAAAGAGAUUGAAUUGAAUAUAAAAGAUAUUGAUCAAAUUGUAGAAUUAUUUCAUUUAAGUAAUGAUCAUGUAAAUUUUGUUAUAUAUUAUUUUUAGAUUAUUCCAAUUUUGAGUGUAAAUGAUUAAAUUAUUGGAAAUGGUGAAAUUGGACCUAUUACAAAAUAUUUAUAAGAAAAAUUAGAAAUAGCAAGAUCAAGUGUAAAAUUAGAUACAUCUGGAGAUAUAAUCAAAGGAUUUGAGUCAUUAUAAUGA